AUGAGCGACCUACGGGCGCUUCAACCAGGCCCUAGCAGCCGGAUAUCUUCUAGGACCAAAGAUGACUGGGAAGACUGGGAAGACGACGAGGUGUUGACGCCCAUGACGACAAAAGAUGGUCCCCUACUAGACUCGGCACCCGGGAAGGUCGAGGACGCGAGGGAGGCGGCAGCCGGGCGCCCAGAACUGCGGGCAUCUCGACGGGUCUCUGGCGUAGUUGCCCGCCCGUCGAUACGAGCAGGGUUGGGGAGAUUGGCCUCGCGCAAAAGACAAAAGGCGCAGAAUGAGAGAGCUGGUAUCAAACUGGUUACCGACAUGUCCAAAUUCCAGCAGCAGAAGCAUCAACAGCGGCACAUCGCCCACCAUAUGAGGACGUCCCCGGAGAACCGAGAGAGCCGGACCGGCAAGUUCGUUGACGCCGCUGCACUGAAGGCGCUUGAGGGCGUCCCAUCUGACGAGUCUAUCGGCACCUUUGCCUGGCUAACGCGGCGACCAACCAAGGGCAAGAGGAUUGAAAGACUGGUCGCCGAGUCCUCCCCGCAAGCCGAUUUAUCACCUGGCGCCAGGCCCAUCAUGAUCGGGUUUGAGAUGCCCUCCGACUCGGACGUCGUCAUCAGCCCGCAGACCGCUGUCGUCGAGACUCCGAUCGAGUUCCCCAGGUUUUUCAAGCCGACCAACGUCACAUCCCCAAGCCAGCCCGUUUCGGCCUGGUCUCCCGAUACCGAGGACGGCGCAUCUCCAAGAAUGGUGCAGCGAGGGUUUGUACCCGCGGUUCCCUCAAUCCCGAGUCAUUACCGGGUUGCUGAGGUAUCGCCUGUCACCGCGAGUGACCACGAUGGAGACGCCUUCUCAGCGGCUGGCGAGAGGAGGAAUCACCGUGACACAGCCACCACGCCGAUUUACGUCAGCGAUAACGACGAUGAGAUGGCAACACCGGUGACACUGUUUGAAGAAGAUGGCAGCCCGAGAAUCACACAAAGAAAAUCAUUCAAGUACAAAGGAAGGCCACGGUCAGGCACAGGUGGGAGCUUGCGAUCCACGGGCUGGUGGGACCAGGUGACCUCCCCCUUCGGACCGCCAACGCCACGGAGCCCUGCUUCGAUCCAAACCAAGCCUGACGAGGGGCAAUCGUGGUGGAAGAACCUGGAUAAGAAAAAGGCUUUCUCCCCCGUGACCCCCAUGUCAGAGGCUGGAUCCUCAAGCGGGUCACGGAACCUUCCCAGAACACAGCACCACCAACCUCCAGAGAUCAUCAUUGAAGACAUGUCGUCCUCGUUCCCUUCUUCUUCCAGGGCGGCCCCAACGCCCCCACAGCCGCAACCUGAAUCCGAGAAGCCGCGGGGGAUGAUUGAGGAAGUACAGACCCCCGGCGAGCAACCACCCCCAUACUCGCCGCCAUCAAAAAACAACAACGCCCGUUAUCGUGCCGUUUUCCCUCCCGGCCACCCGCUCAACUCAUUAUAUCCGCCCUCCCCGGGACCCGUCCCCCCAGGCCUGUCGCAGACCAUGACCUCCCAGGGUGCCAUUAACCUCUCCGAUGUCCCGUUGACACCGCCUCCAACCCAGCAGAGACUGCCCGACAGACCUCUGGGAUCCUUUGUCCCCGGCGAGCAUUUCACCAACGUUUCUGGGCAUGGCCAGAGGCAAAAAGUAGAGCGGCAGCGGCGUCGGCAUGAGAAGGAGGAUGCCGUCGCCUGGAAGGCCGGCAGGAUGUGGCAUGGCCGCGGCUGCUUCCCUUGCUGCGGUUGCUUCGGCAGACCCGGCCGCGAGGGAAGAAAGCGAAGGCGAAUUUGCUUGGCCGUUCUCAUCGCGUUCAUACUGCUGACGGCGCUGGGCGUUACCCUCGGCGUGCUCCUGUCGCGCCAAAGCGCCGCCGCUGAGGAAAUCAUACCCUCGCGGUUCCUCAACCUGACCGACUUCCCGCCGAUUCCCACGGGCAUCUCGACCGUGAUCGGCCCCGAAUCCGACUCAACGACGGCGUGUGUCCAGCCGCCAACGCUCUGGACCUGCGCUCUACCUAAGGAGCAAGCCGACUCGGUCGCGCCGUUCGACGCCAGCCAGCCCAGCUUCGUCAUCCAGAUCCAGUUCGACAACAACACCCGGAAGUUGUGGAACGUCGCGGGCGACGCUCCCCGGCCAACCCCCACCGACCCGGGCGUGUCAGUGCCGCUGCCGCGGCUCAACGAGUCCACGACCACCAAGACGACCGCCACCCCAACCACAAACCCGCGGGCCGUCCCCGUCACGGGCUUCACCUCGCUGGUCCGCCAUCUCCUACGCAAACGCGACGACUCAGGCUCCAGCCUCGCCCUGCGCUCAGAGCCCCCACCGCCCAGCUUCCAGGAGAUGUUCUUCCUCGGCAACACCACCGACGGCGUCGUCUCAGACGACAAGGCCGGCGAGCCAACACCCUUCUACAUCAGCAUGCUGCGCAGUAUCAACGACACGGUCGGGCCCAACACCCUCACACGCCGCGAUGACGACGACAACUUCGGCCAACAAACCAACAUCACCGCGGGCCAAGGCCUGCUCAACGCCUCCGACAUCGCCCCACCCCCCGCCCUCGACCGCGACGGCACGGGCGCCCCCGCCGUGCUCCUCGCCUUCCCCACGCAACAACCCCUCCGCCUCUACGACCGCGGCCUGCCCACCGAACGCUACGGCUUCUACAGCUACUACAACAAAACCACCUACGUCAAGUCCAUCGACCCGCUGCUCGACAACAGCGCCGGAGACGGGACGCCCGUCCCCGCAGACCGCAACGGCGGCGCGCUCAAGACCGAAGCCAAGUUCCUCGUGACCUGGCUCUCGGUGCGCUACAAGGUCGAGAUCUGGACGCGGCUGGCCAACACGACGCGACUCACCGGUGCCGGCAACACCAACGACAACAGCACGCAGCCGGGGUCGUUUCCGUACCCGGUGACCGUCACGCUGGAUACGCAUGGUGGGGAGCGCGGGCGCAAGUUUGCGUUUGUGCGCGGCGUGGAUGAUCGCCAGAGGAUUGUGCUGGAUGAUGCGCGGUUUGUGUUGAAUCGGAUGAAUACCACGGGGGAUUUGGUGAAUGGGGCGGGGGAGUUUAAUCCCAGUUUUGGGGGGAUGGAUGGCGGGAGUGGUGGGUCUGGCAAAAUGAAUUUGAUAGGGGGGUUGAGAAAGUUCAGCCACAAGAAAGAUCCAGGCGAGGCUGGCGAGAAAGGGUUGGUGACACUCGCCAUCGAGACAUCAUGCGAUGAUACCUGCGUCACCGUCCUCGAGAAAUCGGGCGACGCGGCCCGGGUGUUGUUCAAUGCCAAGGUCACGUCCGACAACCGGCGGUUCGGCGGCAUCAAGCCAGACGAAGCCGUCCAGGGCCACUCGUCCAGCCUGCCCGGGAUCGUGCAGGCCGCCAUCCAGAAACUACCAGCCGACCGCCCCAAGCCCGACUUCAUCAGCGUCACCCGCGGGCCCGGCAUCACUUCCGCCCUCUCCAUCGGCCUGACCAUGGCCAAAGGGCUGGCUGUGGCGUGGGACCGGCCACUCGUCGCGGUGCACCACAUGCAGGCGCACGCCCUGACGCCGCGGCUAGUCGAGGCUCUCGCAAACGGGCAGCAACAGCCGCCGCACCAGGGGGGCGCACGGCCAGCCUACCCCUUCCUGAGCCUGCUGGUCUCGGGCGGGCACAGCCAGCUGCUGCUCACACGAUCAGCCGUCUCGCACGCCACGCUGGCCGAGGCCGCCAACGUCGCCAUCGGCGACAUGCUAGACAAGUGCGCGCGCGCCAUCCUCCCCUCCGACAUCCUCGCCUCCACGCCCGACGUCAUGUACGCGGCCGAGCUGGAGCGAUUCGCCUUUGCACCCACACCCACCCAGACCCAAACCCAUCAAACACAAACACAGCACCCCUCCAACCCCUACACCAACUACCACCCCCCUACCACCCGCCGCGACGAAAUCCGCCCCUACACCUCCCCCACCCACGGCUGGACACUCACCCCGCCCCUCCACGAGCGCCGCGACAUGGCCUUCGACUUCUCCGGGCUCGGCGGGCAAGUCCAAGCGAUCAUGCAGCGCAACCCGUCCAUGGACCCCCCGCAACGCGCCGAGCUCGCGCGCGAGACGAUGCGCGUGGCGUUCGAGCACCUCGCGAGCCGGGUUAUCUUUGCGCUGGACGGGAUGAGAACGCAGGCGGCGGCGCUGCCGGUCCGGACGCUGGUGGUGUCGGGCGGGGUGGCGGCGAACGGGUUUCUGAUGCAUGUGCUGGGGCGGGUGCUGGCGGUGCGCGGGUACGGGCCGGAGAAGGUGGCGGUUGUGCGGCCGCCGCGGGGGCUGUGCACGGAUAAUGCGGUGAUGGUGGCGUGGGCGGGGGUGGAGAUGUGGGAGGCCGGGUGGGAGAGCGAGUUGUCGGUGCUGCCGCGGCGGAGGUGGGAGAUGGAUGAUGGGUGGGAGGGGGUGGAGGAUCCGGAGGGGGUGUGGAGGGAGAGGUAUCGGAGGUUGGUGGAGGAGGGAGGAGAGGGAAGUGAACUGCUGGAAACACAGACACGCGCAGCAGAGGAUCAACAGGUAUCCAAGACGCAAGGCAUUCUUGGGCUGGAUGGUUGGCGGCGGCGGUUCCCGGAUGCAGAGACGUUGUGGCGGGAGGCGGCGGCGAAAUUGAGGGAGACAGAGAAAAAGAUGUAA